AUGUCUCAGCCACGCCAGCGAACUAUCAUUCGAGUCUUCCGAAAUUAUAGUCAUUCCCUUGGUCCGCAUGAAGUGGAAUUCCUAGAAGAGGUUAUAGAUCGACACGCUAUCCCGGAUGAAUACGUCGAGGCCUCCAUUGACGUCAUUGCUAAACAAUACAAUUUACAAGAGGAUGCCGGUACAAAAGUGUCGAUAGACAUUCUAAAGCGAGUCUAUUCCGCUUUACAAAACUCAGGAGAGGGCGGUCCCCAGGACGAUGAAGCCUACCUUGACCCGGAUGAUUACUUGUUCUUUGUGAACGCUUUCGAUAUGCCCCUGUGGAACUGGUCUGAUGAACGUGGUACAUUCGACAAAUCAUCACAACCUCUCUCAACUUUCAGUUCUGCCGAGUCUCGUGUAAUGGCGACAAGAAACAGGCUCAACAUCAUCCGACAGACUAUCUCGCGGAAUGAACACUUUACGCCAUCAACAGUCCCUUCUCGAGAUCGGCAACACCUAAUCACGGUCAAGUCGACUAAACAACUUCUUGGUCGUGCGGGUCAGCGGUUUCUACUAUUCGGGAUGCUCUCGCAUACGAAGGAAGGCAAGUUAUGCCUAGAAGACCAAGAUGGCAUUGUAGAGCUCGACUUCUCACAGAUGGACGAGCCUAGCGAUGGACUUUUCACAGAGGGCGCAUUCGCAUUGGUCGAAGGAGAUUAUACUGAAGAUUCAACAUUUCUCGUGUAUGGCAUGGGUCACCCACCAUCCGAGACCCGAGAAACAUCGCGGUCAAUAUACGGGCAUGUCGACUUUCUUGGGAAAGGCGCCACGACGCCUCUUGAGGAUGCACAAUACGCGAUGCGAAUCCGAGAAGAUUUUGGGGCUAUCAAUUUCUUCUUCCUUUCGGACGUAUGGCUGGAUCAUCCGGACUGCAUGAAAGGACUGUCCCGAAUAUUCGACAAUUGUAUAGAGAGUAACUUUAUACCCAAGGUUAUGGUCUUGUGCGGCAACUUCACCAGCCGCGGCAUCGCACAGGGCAACAGUCGCGACAUUCAGAAGUAUCAAACGGGAUUUGAUGCUCUAGCGGACCUCAUUUCCUCGUACCCGCUUAUCACACAGACCACGCACUUCGUUCUCGUACCCGGGCCACUGGAUCUCGCUAUGAACUCCAUUCUGCCACGGCGCCCCCUACUUUCAUCUUUCACCGCGCGCCUACGUGCAAAGAUCCCGAGACUUCAACUAGCCAGUAACCCGUGUCGAAUCAAAUUCUUUGGGCAAGAGAUCGUGGUGCUCAGAGAAGAUAUGAUGGCUCGAAUGCUCAGGAAUCUCGUAGGAGUGAAGCCUGCGGUUCGCACUGAAGAGCUCAAACAAUUCUCGAUUCUGGAUCAAAGUCAUCUUGCACCAUUCUCGAACGACAUACAGCCCGUAAUAUCGGACUACGACCAUGCGUUGCGCCUAUUUCCCUUACCCACCGCGGUCGUCAUUGCAGACAAAUACGAAAGUUAUAGGUUGACAUACACAGGGUGUCACGUAUUCAAUCCUGGAAGAUUUGUCGGUCGCUCAUUCGAGUUCGCGUCGUAUUCUCCCGCAAAUAAAGAAUCUGAGGCUUGGUACGUGUUGGCGGCGUACUUGACCGGUAUAGAUAAUGCUGAUGGUUAUAUGCUUGGACACAGCGUAUUGGAGCCAGACACAGAUUAG